UCAUGCUUCCUAGAGAAGACCUGGUGGGCGUGGCGUUAUUUUUCUAUCUCCUUCCUGAUAAUGCAUCAGACAAGACAUACCUGUGAGGCUGGACAUGCCGACAGGACACGACAGAUGGAUCUCUUCUCUCAUGUUCGCCCUUCACCCCAAACAUGGACAGACAAAAAAUAGUUUGUGGACUUCACUAAAAUAGUUUGUGUGCUCAAACGUUUUUUUUCCCCCUCGGAUACAAACCCACCUGCCGCAAGACAUAAGGACGAGCCUGUGGAUCACCAGCAUAACCCAUUAGAUAUUUCAGAAUUUUAAUAGAUAGUCAAAAUGCACAUCCUGGGGACCCUCAUGUUCAUAAUAUGUUUAGCUGGCUAUGGCUAUGCAGUCGUACGUUGUCCCUGGGAUGAAUACCGAGUGGGAAGUGAAUGUUGCCCAUUAUGCCCUCGUGGAUGGCAUUUUGUAAAGGACUGCUCAAUGUCAAACAAAAGCUCUACAAAUUGCUCAAAGUGCCCCGGUGGUACUUUCCAAGCAGGCAACAACAAGGAGAAGCAAUGCUCUAACUGUACAAAGUGUGACGCAGGUCUCGGUCUGAAGGUGAAGAAGUCGUGUUCAUCAACAUCAGAUGCUGUGUGUGAGGUCCUGGAUGGAUUCUUCUGUGGUGACUCUAACAGAGGUGGAUGUAGGACCGCUCAGAGACACACGGUUUGCAGUCCUGGUCAAUACAUCGGUCAAAGAGGAACAGCAGAUAAAGACACAGAGUGCCUUCACUGUACUGAUGGAACAUUCUCAAAUGGCACAUCAACGUCUUGUCAGAACCACACAAAAUGUGAAUCUGAGGGACUGAAACUGAUGAGACCAGGAACUGAUUCAACUGAUUCUGAAUGUGGAGAACCUGGUUCACAUGCAGGACUAGUGGCAGGACUAGUAAUAGCAGGAGUCAUAGGAAUGGCUUCAAUAAUCGGAGGCAUUUUUCUGUACAAGAAAAAAAGAGAAAAGGCUAAUCAAAGGCGUGAUACGAAAAGCGAAACACAGGAACUGGAGAACGAAACUACACCACUAAGGUCCACUGACGGUCCUGAACCAACCAGGGACCAACAAGACCCUACCACAACUAUGGAGAAUCACAAUGGUGUCCAGAGUCCAGCCCCACCCUCAAGCCUCUCGCAUAAUGGAUCUGUCUCAGUCCAUUGUGAGGACGAUCCUAUUGUUUCACCUUCUUCUGACGAAUGUACCAUCACUGUAAAUGGUCCGUCUGUCCACUUUAAGAGGGAAAAUGGAGCAGCCUAGUC